GAGCUACGGAUUGGACCUCACCUCGAUAUUGGCCUUGUCAUUAGUAAAGUACAAAAUUUACAUAAAUAGAAGUGAAAGAGCAAACAUGAUGUCCUAUCGCGCUCUAAACACUUGCCAGAUUCUCCAAAACUACCUCUAGUACUCCUUCUUAAAAUGCAAUAACACGUUUUGUUAGUGGCUGAUGUCCAGUUUCCAUCAUCUUCUCCCCGCUCAUCUUAAACCACCACACCUGCCGUCAACAUCCCCCUCUUCACUCAUCAUCAAAUCAUCAUGGCCGCUCAGCCAGCUUUUGGUCUACCCACAGGGGCUCAGAAGCUCAAAGAGGUCACGGAACUGGUUGAAGCGCUCACCGAAGAUCUCGAAGAAGAUCAGUUUCUUCCAGAUGACCGCGCCUUAGCUCUAGAAAAGCUUAAGCUAUACAGUCGAGACCCCAGUAAUGCCGAACCUCUCUUCUCGGAAGCAGGCUUCACUAUGCUCCUCCGCCAUGCCUAUGAUAGACCAUCUACCAAAUCAGCUCGGGCUGCACUGAAGGUUAUAGCUAAUUUGAUGCUUCUCGUCCCUCCUACGCGGCAUAUGUUUGUCGACAAAGGUUUUGCUCAGAAAGCCAUCAAAGAACUAGACACUGGAAAUUAUGAUGAUGAAUUUCUCAAUUCUCGUAUCUUGUUCCUGACCACAUAUGAAACAAAGAUCGACCUGAAGGAGCUCCUCGAUAAAGAUAAACUGGCCGAUCGCAUUAUCAACAACCUAGCAAAGCAUGCAAAGGAAAUGGACACCAAGGCCAAGGCUGACCCCAUGCAAGACAUGGCGCUCACCGAAACCGUAAAGCUCUUGUUCAACGUUACACAUUGGUGUAAAGAGAAAGCCUCAUUAUUCAAUCCUGCAGUCCCUCAUCUGAUAGCUGUACUGUUCAAGGCUGACGUUUCCCAAACGAAGCCGCUUGACCCUCCGGUCGGAUUCAUCAUUAACGGCUUCCUUAAUCUUGACCUGAAUACCCCAGAGAACCAGGAGGCUCUUCACCCCAAGGGCGAUCCUGAGAGGGUAGUAUCUAGGGUGAUUGACAUUCUAGAUGUCUCCAUUCGAACAAUUCCCGACAAUCAGAAGGAUGCUUCCAUUGUCCCAGUCCUUGGCCUCGUAAGGUCGAUAUACGAGCAUGCGCCUGAUUCUACGAAAGCGUUCAUUCGCGAAAAGCUCUUGCCAACGGAGCAGGAGAGAAAGGAUGUUCUGGGCAAAGGACACAGCUUAUCAGCCAAACUACUCCAAAACAGCAACAACGCCAUGGCCCCGUCAUUGCGCAACCUGAUCCAACAUGUGCUCUUCGAGCUGUCUGAUAAGGAUGCCUCCAAGUUUGUCGAGAACGUUGGCUACGGCUUUGCAUCUGGCUUUCUUUUCCAAAAUAACAUCCCUAUUCCAGCUUCGGUUGCAGAGGCUCACGGCGCUGGUGAGGCGGCCAAGGAGCAGAAGCCUGUCAACCCCAUCACUGGCCAAUUUGUUGAUGCUGAGAAGCCAGUUGACGAGCCUGAGAUGACGGAGGAAGAGAAGGAGCGAGAGGCUGAAAGACUCUUCGUAUUAUUUGAACGAUUGAAAAAGACAGGCAUUAUUGACGUUCAGAACCCGGUGGAGACCGCCUUGAGGGAGGGUCGUUUCAGAGAACUCAGAGACGACGAGGUGGAAGAGCUUGAUUAGGUAGUGAAUCCUAGCGCUCUCUCUUCUCAUUAUCAGCAUGUUGAAGUCUGGCACUUUGGUCAUACGGGCAGUGAUCUCAUAUCAAACGGAACCUUGCAGAUUACCAGGAACAAAAGAAAGCAUAGAUGCAUACAUUAGUUUAGGAGUCUUCGUUAACAAAUGACAGUCUUAUUGUAACAGAGAAUUUGGCCAACGUA